CAUCAAGCGUGCACUCCUGUGACAGUUUAGUGUUUUAUCGUUACGGGACGCUGCUGGGAGCUCACGGCUGACUUUUAUUCCCUUAUUGAUGAGGAGGGAGUCUGUAGGCUUUGGGAUGGCAGGAAGAAGCAAAGUAAGUCUGAGGACCAGUCAGUGAGCCACUAGCAGUAACGGUGGGGUCUGUCCGGUGCCGGGGAGGUCACGGAGGGCGUGGAGCUGGAUGUAUGAGACAGCUUCAUGGGCGUGAAUGACCAUCUGGAGGAUGGGACAGGCCACAUCCUCAGCCUGGGGCUGGAUCUGGACUACCUCCACGUUGAAGGUGCUGAGCGGCAGGCGGGCCUGAGCACUGUGACGGGUGCUGGGGAUGUAGGGGUCAAAGCUGGGGCCCCUAGUAACAGCAGUGACAGUCUUGGUAAUAGCAGCACAAGUUUUAGCACUAAUUCAAGCUUCAGCAGCAGCAGUAGUUGCAGUAACUUCUCUGACAGCGAUGAUGAACGUCUCCAGAAUGGGUCCGGUUCAGAAUCUCAAAACCCUCACGAGGCUUCCCUGCAGCACCAAGAGUCUUCUUCAGUCCUCCAGACAGUCAGGCUGGACCUGGCAGCAAACCGAUCCCCUGGAGACCCUCCACACCCAGAGACCUCGCCUCCCACUGACCCCCUCACAGACUACCGCGCCAAGGUGGAGUUUGCCCUCAAGCUGGGCUACCCGGAGGAGCUGGUGCUGCUGGUGCUGAGGAAACUGGGCACAGAUGCACUCAUCAACGAUGUCCUGGGUGAGCUGGUGAAACUGGGAACCAAGAUGGAGAUGGAGCAACAUGGAGGUCUGACUGUCUCCCAGUCUCCCUCCUCCUCUUUGUCAUCCUCUUUGGCCUCCUUCUCCUCCUCCUCCAGCUCCUCUCUGGACUCCUGCCGGCUGUUGUGUCCGUCCCAGCUGCUGGAGGACAAAGACAACCUUCGUCCCGUUGUGCUGGACGGGAGCAAUGUGGCCAUGAGUCAUGGAAAUAAGGAAGUGUUUUCCUGCCAAGGCAUCCAGCUGGCUGUCGAUUGGUUCUUGGACCGAGGUCAUCGUGACAUCACUGUUUUUGUCCCUGCCUGGAGAAAAGAGCAGUCCCGCCCUGAUGCACUCAUCACAGACCAGGACAUUCUCCGGCGGCUGGAGAAAGAGAAGAUCCUGGUCUUCACUCCCUCGCGCCGCGUGCAGGGACGCCGCGUGGUUUGCUACGACGACCGCUUCAUCGUCAAACUGGCCUACGAGUCCGAGGGCAUCAUCGUCUCCAACGACAACUACCGCGACCUCGGCAACGAGAAGCCGGAGUGGAAGAAGUUCAUCGAUGAGCGUUUGCUGAUGUAUUCCUUUGUAAACGACAAGUUCAUGCCACCAGAUGACCCCCUGGGACGACAUGGACCCAGUCUGGAGAACUUCCUGAGGAAGAGGCCUAUUAUUGCCGAACACAGGAAGCAGCCAUGUCCUUAUGGGAAGAAGUGCACAUAUGGCCACAAGUGCAAGUUUUACCACCCUGAAAGGGGAAGCCAGCCCCAGCGUGCCGUGGCUGAUGAACUCCGUGCCAGUGCAAAGAUGUCAUCAGUGGCGUCUAGAGGUCUGCUGGAAGACGCCCUGAUGGCAAAGAGACAAAGUUCCGGUCAACCAGAAGGAAUGGCUGAGGCCCAGCGAAGUCGGGGCACUCCAAAGAAACAGUCGAACCCCAGCCCUCACAGCUCCUUCAGCGACCUCCUGGAGGACAGGCUUCGGAUGCAGUCCAAAGUGGAAGGCCGUAGGGGAAGCAACAGCAGUGGCAGUAGCUGUAGCAGCAGCUUUCUAGGGUACCCAGCUCCGGGCGGACACCCUUCGUCUGGAAGCUUCGACCGAUGGGAAAACCCUGGGGGAAACGGUGGAGGCAGCUCCAGGUUUGCUGGAGCCUCUGGUCCAAGCCAGGCUAAAACUCACCACAUAUGCAAGUCUCCAGAGCCAGGCUACAGCUCCCUGGUGAAGGCUUACUCCAGCCUCAGUCUGGUGGUGCCACAGAGUCCUGAAUGCUUCCUCCCGGCUGAUCUGCGAGCCGUAUCGCUGCUGUCGGACUGUAGCAGUGAAGGUAGUGCAGACUCUUUCUCCCCGGACCCCUUGUUAGAUGAUAGCCCCAAGUGCCACCAUCACCACCACCAUCCUCACCACUAUCAUCAUCACUGCUCCGGCCAGUACUCCCACCCUGUGAUCCGCGUUCCUCCUGGACUGGGCCACCACGCUCCUCAUGGCUAUCCAGUUCCCCAAGCACUACGGAGACAACUUGGUUUUAGCUUGGAAGACCCCCUUGCUUCUGUUCCCUCUCAUGGACCUCCACAUCCCUUCAAGUCUCCUUCGGCUUACGUCCCACCACAUCCCUUUAAGUCCCCUUCAGCUUACGUGCCACCACAUCCCUUCAAGUCCCCUUCAGCUUACGUGCCACCACAUCCCUUCAAGUCCCCUUCAGCUUACGUGCCACCACAUCCCUUCAAGUCCCCUUCAGCUUACGUGCCACCACAUCCCUUCAAGUCCCCUUCAGCUUACGUGCCACCACAUCCCUUCAAGUCCCCUUCAGCUUACGUGUCACCACAUCCCUUCAAGUCCCCUUCAGCUUACGUGCCACCACACCUUCAGCAUCCAUUGCUGAGCAGCUUUCCAGGGGAAUUCCCUUCUCGUCCACCGCAAGCGUCCGGUGCUCACUCCCACUCUCAGAGCUCGCCGCUCGGCCGGGAUUUGAUGGGCUCCCUUUGGCAGGAAGGCGGGCUCCAAGAAUCGCAAGUGUACAAAGCUUCAGCGCUUCAUUCCCGAAUAAACCAUUCUGGGCUUAACCAACAACCCCAGCUUCCGGUAGACUGGGACCCCCAUUACCAGCAGUCCCCUAAUCCCCGCUACGACCCGUACGCCUUCCAGAGCCUCCCAGAAGUCCUGGAGAAGACCUGGCACUCACCUUGGGGCAGGCAAUCCCAUUCCCCCCCCCGUGGCCUUUCAGCCUCAAGUCUCCCACCGCUCCCCCAGUUGUCCCUUCCACCCAUCACUGCCCACAAAGGCCACCUGUCCCCGGUGCCACAGCACCAGGAGCCCCCUGCCUUGGGCCGAUACCAGGACCUCAGAGAGAGGGUGUUUGUUAACUUGUGCCGCAUCUUCCCUCCUGACCUGGUGAGGAUGGUGAUGAUCAGGAACCCCCACGUGGUGGACGCUCAGGAGCUCGCGGCUGUGAUUCUGAUGGAGAAAUCGCAGCACGGUUCUUGAACGAGGGUUAGAAGCUGAAGUUGCAGCUUCAUCGUAACUUCAUGCUGCAGGUUUAUCCCUCGCACUCGUCUCGAUUAUUAAAGUCAAGGUUGGACAGAAACAAACCAAAAGCACAAUAUAUACAGCCGUUAAUGCACUGCUUUAUUGCAGGGAAGUAGCCUCAUUAAUUUUAAUGGUAUCUUUGUAAAGGGACAUCCCCAAAUUGCCAUAUUUCUUUCUAUGAAUAUGCCUGCUAUUACAGCACUUAAGAUCAGGAAAGGUUGGGGAUUAAUGUGCAUGUUUGAGCUCAAGCUUUGAAUCAAGACAGCGGUUUUGCUUCGGGAGGACUUUAGUCUGUUUCAAAGGUGACAGCGUUGUUCAUUUUAAAUUAAUUUAUUUGUUAUAUUUUAAGUUAUUUACAUAUGUUUUUAAAUUAUUCUGUUUUUGGCACUUUUUUGUUAUUGCUGUGUUUCAUCCUCAGCUUUUAUUAUUUGUUAUUAUUUUUUGGCAAUCAUAUCAGGGUAUACGUAUACCUACAAGUAUAUCUACUUUCCAUCUGAGUAAAAUACUUCUCUUUUUUCUAUUUGCUGAGGCGAUAGCAUGGGGGCAAAGGAAUAUAUAUAUUCAAUAGUAAAAUGUCUUCAUGCAUUGUUGAUAUAUUCCGACCGUAUGUGAGGCUCCAAGUAGCUCAACUAACGGAUCGAUGGUUUCUGUAUGAACCAACAGGUGGCCGAUCAGAUGCUGUGGUGAGAUUUUGUGGAUUUUCCCAAAUAGGGAAGUGAAACUCGAGCGGCACCCACAAAAGAAUAUCGAAAAAACUCCACUCGAAAACCCCGAGCUGCUGUUUAUUUUCCUCUGCUCGGUUUAUUCCAGUCAGCUGACUUCACACGUCAGCAGCUUUCAGUACAGAAUGUAUUAUUAUUUCAAUUUUUUUAAACCACAUUAUUAAUUAAUAAUGAUAGAAUUCUAAAUCAUGUGACGGUGGAGAGCACCAGGAAUGUUUGGGUGGAAAAGAAGAUUGUAGGUUUAUUUUUUAAAGUAUGUGUUAAUUUAUUACAUGUUCGCGCGUGUGAAUAUAUGUCUUGCAUUAGACACAGGGUCUCGUUUGUCCGUGGGGACACCACUAAACUCAUCGGUUUAGUCAAGAAACAAAUAGAUUUUAAGAAAAAUAACUAAAUAAAAAGUGGUAUUACCUUUCUUAACUCAUUUAAAACCAUCAAGGGCUUGAAGGAAUUACCUCACACGUCAAUAAGCUAAUAACUCAAUAUUAUAUAUGUUAAAACGUAGUAAAAAGUUUGAUCAAAAGUGAUGAUUGUAAUUAUCAGUAUUUCCAUGUUCUCUUAAUGUAAACGCGCUUUGAUAUUCUCAUGAUCACCAUCACCACCAAUGGGAUUGUGGGUCUCUCCCUGGUCUGACACCCGGCAGCCAGAUGACACCUCUCUUUGUUGAUACAAAUUGUAUCCUAUACAUCGUUGUUUUUAUAUGAGAAUAUUUUAAAAAAAGAAAAUAUUUGGAGUUGAAUAUUUUUGAGUAUUGGUGGCAAACGUAGUCACCUGUUGGUGCUUAGCCUAUAUUUAUUUAUAUUUGUUCAAGUGCAGGAAAGAGACCUUUUUGUUUAUAUUGUCAGUGUUAAAAUGAAAAGGUGUGGCUAAAAGGUGACAUAUUGUUAGCUCGUUAGCUUCAAACCUCGGAGAAGUGCAGUCAAUAAAAAAAGAGGUUUUAAUGAGCUAGCAUCUUAAAUUUGUGCCACACCUCCAAAUCUUUUACACACACUUUCUUCUUUAUUGUCUCUUACUUGAAGCUCUCAGGAACGAGUCCUCAGUCGUCCUCUUCCUCCGGCUGGCACCGUGUGCUAGUGUCCGUCUUAAUGAAACACGACCUCUGAAAGGCGCCGUGUCGACAUUCCUGUGGAUACCAAAAAAAAAAAAAAAAAAGCUUAUCUAGUGUUUGAGGGAAAAAACUAUUUUUCUAUGAUCAUGAACUUGUUAAGAGCAAUUUGUUUCUAUCUUUACCUGCAGGAAGAGAUCGUAAUGAGGGGAUGAGUCACCUUGACUGUUGUGUUCCCCAAAAGUUACUCAAGUGUUCAGACUGAAUAUGAUUCUUUGUUAUUGAUCCGUGUGAUGUCAUCUCUGUAUGUUUAAAAAGGGUUUUUUCACAGCAGAGAAACAGGUGUUAUUGAACUAAUCCUAAACUAUUCACGUGAAGGAAAACCUUCUUUUUUUAGCCACAUAUUCCGUCCAUGCAGCCAAGUUUGAAAGACAGACUUUUUCUAAGUAACCAGUUACAUUGUAACCCUGUCAAUGGGGAAUAGAAAACAUUAAAAACCUGCAUAUAUGUGCUUAUUUUGAAAAAGGAGUUCCUGGUGUCCACGACAUGCACAAUGCCAGCUCCCUGAAACGGAAACCCGACAUUUUGAUGUGUUAGGCCAAACUGCACUUGAUUUUGUUGUGUUCUAAGGUCUUAUGAAACUGCAUCAAUGAUAUUUCUAUCUUUCUUUCUUUCUUUUUGUUUACAGCGAAUCGUUACGGUGCAUUUGUUAUUUUUUGUCGAUCCCACGAUGCCUCACAGAAACGGACGUUUGCACCGGCAUCACGCCACGUGACCGGCGUCACAUUCAGUCUGAACACCUGAAAAAGUGUGGGUUUUGUCUGUUUUUGUAAUUUGUUGCUCUUUUGACUAAAAUGGCCUAAAAUCUACAAGACAGAAAUGUCAAAUAUCAACGCCUUUAUUUCUCAUGAGCUUUAAUGCAGCUUAACUUCUCUUCAGGGACCAAAAGAUGUUUAUUGCUUCCCUGUGUGCUGGUCGUAUGAAACCAAAAUAUAAAAGACGAUAUUAAAGUGUUUGACCAUUGCUGCUGUUUCACUUUUUCCUGCUGGCAGAUGAAGAGUUUCACUCCAACAGAUUAUCCAAAGCUGUCACGUGCAACUGCUUCAGCCGAUGAAGCCCCGCCCACACCACGGCAUCGUUUGACCGGGUCAUUCCCAUACAGAACGUGCCCCCAAAAGACAAAAGAAACUUGAGAUUCACACAAAAAUGUUUUUCCUCCGCUAAUGAAUUUGACCAUGUCAUUGAUCGUCUUUGUUCAUCUUUCUCUUCUCUUAUUGGAUCAAAAAUGUGACUUUUGGAGUGGGCAAACUCAACUUGAGCU